CCUGUUUUCCCUUCUCUGCUCUCCAAUCGUUCAGUCUUAGGUUCAGGAUUACCCUUGAAGCCCAGACUGCUGCUAUGCAGCGGCAAGACGAGACUCCAGUGACAUAUCUCAAUAAAGGUCAAUUCUACACUGUGGGACUCGAGGAUACGGAAGAGUACGAUGGCGAGAUCACAAGUGUUAUCAGGGUGACCUUCCACGACGCGUCCCAUCGACGACUUGCGGCGCGGUACUGGAGCUUUUGGUUGAGUCAACAGGCCAACCCCAAAAGUGCAAGAGCUUUGGAUAUCGAAAAAGCGUUGUCGAGUGGGAUGCUAGAAGUGCAGUCCAAGACGUUUGAUCGGAUCUCGUUCAGGUGGAACGGUAGGGCGGGGGCAAAACUUAUGGUGCGGUUCAAUUGCCUGUCGACGGACUUUUCGCGCAUCAAGGGUGUCAAAGGCAUUCCGUUACGGGUUCAUAUGGAUACGUAUCUGGACAAUGUUGGUGGGCACAGUAGCGGCAGUGCCAGUAACAACAAAGGAGAUGGCCCAGCCAUGGAGCGAGCGUUCGCAAAGAUCAAAUUGUUCCGUGAUAAGGGUGCGGAACGCAAGAAUAAGGACGAUCAUAAACAUCUGGAAAAGAUGUGGGACAAGAUGCGGGGCAAGAAUGCAGAUACGAACCCAUUAGUCAACAUGCUGGCGCCCGUCCAGAGCGUGUCACUGUUCUCAGAGUGCACAGAUCCUCCAGAGGGGUCGGGCGAGGACGAGACCUUGGACUUGUCGGAGACCCUGGCUCACGAUCAAGACGCGACUGAUAGUGGUGGGGCAACUGGUGGAGAGCAUUACGACGCAGGAUCGUCUUCGCGACAAGACCAUGAUGGUUUAUCGAGCACAGGAGAUCAGCCUACGUCUCUGGCUCCUGCGAACAAGAAGCGACGUCGUGCUGCCGAGAGCGGAGGAAAUAAUGGCUCGGGCAAUGGAAUGACUAGCAACGGCAAUGGGAACAGCAACAACAACGGACUCUACGAUCCACAGCACUCUCAGGUCGGAAUGGCAUCAUCAUCCGCAUUAAUUCCUUCGCACGGUGGCGGCGGAGGAGCACUUGCGACAUCAGCGGAACUGCUCCUGGAUAGGGAUCCGAGCUAUGUACCACAGGCGCGCAAGAAGCGGCCGGUGCUUUGUCUGUACAUCAAGAUCGGGGGCGAAGCCGUGUAUCGGGCCGUAUAUCUGGAGAAGUGCACGCUUGCGGAUCUGAUCCAGAAACUGUCCGAGAAGCUCGAGAUCCAGUCGUCAACGAUCUCGUGUGUAUAUAGAAAGACGAUUAAGAAGGAGCUGAUGGUCCGGGUCGACGAUGCGAUGGUCGCCCAGAUGACGGACGAGCUCGAUAUGGUGGUCGAGUAUGACUUUAAUCAACAAGAUGGAAGCGUUAACCUGACGCUCAAGUACUGACGAAGUGGUCAAGAAUAAUGAUAAUGAUAAUGAUAAUAAUAACCAAUAAUAAAAAAUAAUAAAGUU